AAAGUAUUGACUGCUCCCACACAAUGUAAAAAUAAAAAAAAUGUUUCGAAAAAUCAAGAUUUGCAGAGAGGCGUUGCACAGGCAAGUGACAUGGACAGUAUGGAGACAGCUUUGUUUGACAUCAAGGUUGCCGUGUGAGACCAAGCCUGCGAAAGCCCCCGAGGGAGACUUGAAUCUCUCAGACAGCUGUGUACAGAGGCUGAACAAGAUAAGUGGGGAGGGGUCGUACCUUCGGAUCCAGGUGGAUGGAGGAGGCUGUUCCGGUUUCCAGUACAACUUUGAGCUGGCUGACAGCAUUGCUGAAGACGACCUUGUAUUUGAGAGGGAUGGUGCAAAAGUUAUUGUGGACCGAGAAUCUCUUGAGUUCAUUCGAGGGUCGACCAUAGACUACCAUGAGGAACUGAUCAGAGCGGCAUUCCGUGUUGUAGAUAAUCCGCUGGCAGAACAAGGAUGCUCAUGUGGGGCAUCUUUUGCUCUGAAACUGUAGUGAACCUAUCUCUUGUGUUAAACAGUUUCUGUUUUUCUUGUUGACUCUCCAGAUAUUGUCAAUUGAUAUUAAGAAUGGCUUAUCAGCAGAUAAAACAAGAUUUUGGAAAGUUGAGUAGCUGUUUCUGCAAUCAUUAUUUCAAGAUAACUAAUUAACAGUGUGGUUCAUGGAUUGUAAGUUAAUCUUUGUUCUGUAUUGGACUGGUAUGUUUCUACUUUCCAGUGAUAUAUUGAGCAUUAUGUUAUGGUUAAUAGAACCACAACCCGUGUUUUUGAAAUCAUAUACAAGCUUUUUCAAUCAGAAGGGUUGUGGGUGACGUACCGGUAGCUGUUUUUACCAUGUUGCCUAUGACAAUGUUCAUCAUAAGUAUGCGGUGUAAGUGAAUAUUACUUAAUUUAUCAGCAUGAUAGUUAUUGAACAGUUAAGUUCUGCCUACUUGUCCAGAUAUGGGAGUUGAUGUAUAGACAAUAAACUUAAGAAAAAAUUCUAAAACAGUACAUUGUCUGUUGGUUAGCAGUCAUGUUGAUUUUGUUAUCUAAGUCAAAUUAAAUCUGGAUAAAUCUGGCUCAUUUGUUGUUAGCCUCUUGAAACUUUAUCGGUGAUGCACUCAUGAUAUUAUUUUGUAGAAAAAAAUAACCCCAAAAUAUGUUUGCCUGCGUAACCUUACUGAAAAAUAAAUUUCUGAAUAAUGAAAUACCACACUGUGAUUAUUUGUAUAAUAUAUUAUGUAUAUGAAGUGUAAUAGCACAAUGCACUGUUUUUUUCCAUCAAAUGCAAGUGUAUGCAUAAAUUGAUUUGUAAGUUUUUCCCUAAUGGAGACGAUAGAAAAUAAAUUAUUUUAAACAAUUUUAAAGGUAAAGAUUUUCAUUUAAAAACAACAACAUCUUAAAUAAAUUGUAUAGCACGUUUCUCCAAAUGUACAUAUAUUCCUGGUGAAAUGUUAUCCUUUUUUAAUUUGAAUACGUGUCAGUCAAUUGUUUUAAUUUAUAUAUGCUAGCAUCAUUUUUACACACCGUCUGUGUGUAGAUUUUGUGUGCAUAUGAUAUAUUUGAGUGACUGGUAUUGAUAUUUGGUUACUUGUUGUUAUUUAUAAUACAAUGGUUGAAACUGGAUAAAUUUGUUGCUGAAAAUGUAUGCUCCAUGUCC